GCUGGGCUGGAGACCCUAACAAGACUCAGAUCCCAAAUGGCGCAGUGGGAGAUGCUGCAGAAUCUCGACAGCCCAUUUCAGGAUCAGCUGCACCAGCUCUACUCAAAUAGCCUCCUGCCAGUGGACAUUCGACAGCACUUGGCCGUCUGGAUUGAAGACCAGAACUGGAAAGAAGCUGUACUGGGCAACGAUGAUUCCAAGGCUAACAUGCUAUGCUUCCACUUCUUGGACCAACUGAACUAUGAAUGUGGCCGCUGUAGCCAAGACCCUGAGUGCUUGUUGCUACAGCACAACUUGCGAAAAUUCUAUCGGGACAUUCAGGCCUUUCCUCAGGGCCCUACCCAAUUGGCUGAGAUGAUCUUUAAUCUCCUUCUGGAAGAAAAAAGAAUUCUGAUCCAGGCUCAGAGGGCUCAGUUGGAGCAAGGAGAGCCAGCCCUCGAAGCACCUAUGGAGAGGCAGCAGCAUGAGAUUGAAUCCCGGAUUCUGGAAUUAAGGGCUAUGAUGGAGAAGCUGGUGAAAUCUAUCAGCCAACUGAAAGACCAGCAGGAUGUCUUCCGCUUCCGAUAUGAGACCUCAGUGAAGUCACCGUCUUUGGACCCCCGUCAGGCCAGACAGCAGCAGCUUCUGCAGGAAACUCUCAAUGAGCUGGACAAAAGGAGAAAGGAGGUGCUGGAUGCCUCCAAAGCACUGUUGGGCCGACUAACUACCCUCAUCGAGCUACUGCUGCCCGAGUUGGAGGAGUGGAAAGCCCAACAGCAGAAAGCCUGCAUUGGAGGGCCCCUGGACAGAGGAUUAGAACCACUGGAGAACUGGUUCACAGCUGGAGCAAAGCUGUUGUUUCACCUGCGGCAGCUGCUGAAGGAGCUGAAGGGACUGAGUCGCCUGGUUAGCUAUCAGGAAGACCCUCUGCCCAAAGGGCUGGACCUGCAGAAGGCCCAGGUCACAGAGUUGCUACAGCGUCUGCUCCACAGAGCCUUUGUGGUGGAAACCCAGCCCUGCAUGCCCCAAACUCCCCAUCGACCCCUCAUCCUCAAGACUGGGAGCAAGUUCACUGUCCGAACAAGGCUGCUGGUGAGACUCCAGGAAGGCAAUGAGUCACUGACCGCAGAGGUCUCCAUUGACAGGAAUCCUCCUCAAAUACAAGGCUUCCGGAAGUUCAACAUUCUGACCUCAAAGCAGAAAACUUUGACCCCCGAGAAAGGGCAGAGUCAAGGCUUAAUUUGGGACUUUGGCUACCUGACUCUGACGGAGCAACGUUCAAGUGGUUCGGGAAAGGGCAACAAUAAGGGGCUGCUGGGUGUGACAGAGGAACUGCACAUUAUCAGCUUCACAGUGAAAUACACCUACCAGGGUCUGAAGCAGGAACUGAAAACGGACUCCCUCCCUGUGGUGAUUAUUUCUAACAUGAACCAACUUUCAAUUGCCUGGGCCUCGGUUCUCUGGUUCAAUCUGCUCAGCUCAAACCCUCAGAAUCAGCAGUUCUUCUCCAGCCCCCCCAAGGCCCCCUGGAGCUUGCUGGGCCCUGCUCUCAGUUGGCAGUUCUCCUACAUCGGCCGAGGCCUCGACCAGGACCAGCUGAGCAUGCUGAGGAAUAAGCUGUUUGGGCAGAACUCUAGGAUUGAGGAUCCGUUGUUGUCCUGGGCUGACUUCACUAAGCGAGAGAGCCCCCCUGGCAAGCUACCGUUCUGGACAUGGCUUGACAAAAUUCUGGACCUGGUACAUGAUCACCUGAAGGAUCUCUGGAAUGAUGGCCGCAUCAUGGGCUUCGUGAGCCGGAGCCAGGAGCGCCGGCUGCUGAAGAAGACCAUCUCUGGCACCUUUCUGCUGCGCUUCAGUGAAACGUCAGAAGGGGGCAUUACCUGCUCCUGGGUGGAACACCAGGAUGAUGAUAAGGUCCUCAUCUACUCGGUGCAGCCCUUCACCAAGGAGGUGCUGCAGUCACUCCCGCUGACCAAAAUCAUCCGCCACUACCAGCUGCUCACUGAGGAGAACAUCCCUGAGAACCCACUGUGCUUCCUCUACCCCCGCAUCCCCCGGGAUGAGGCUUUUGGGCGCUACUACCAGGAGAAAGUUAAUCUCGAGGAACGGAGGAAAUACCUGAAACAUAGGCUCAUUGUGGUCUCUAACAGACAGGUGGAUGAGCUGCAACAACCGCCGGACCUUAAGCUGGAGCCAGAAGUGGAGUCAUUAGAGCUGGACCCAGGGCUGGCAGGCCCCAAACUGGAGCUGGACCUGGGGUUAGAGCACCUGCUGGAGGCAGGGCUGGAUCUGGAGCCCAUGCUGGGGUCCCCUCUGGAGUCUGUGCUGGAGCCCACACUAGGCGCAGUAUCAGGAGUGCCAGAGGCAAACCUGGGACCAGAACUGAAGCUGGAGCCUAUUCUGGAAGCUGUUUCACAGCCUGAGCCCGAGCCCGUGCCCGAGCCCGAUUUGCCCGAUGAUCUGAGACACCUGAAUACUAAAGAAAUGGAAAUCUUCAGAAACAGUAUGAAGAUGGAAGAAAUCAUGCCAAAUGGUGACCCGCUGUUGGCUGGCCAGAACACUAUGGACGAGGCUUACACCUUCCACCCCAGCCAUUUCUACACCGAAGAUUCCUUGAUUCCUUCUGACUACUAGGAACUACCUUUCCUCUGUUCUUUCCGUAUAUUUUGCCCCUCCUACCCCUCAAGCUGUGAUGCUGCUCUCCAAGGAUAGGAAGUCAGGCAUGUGGCCCUUGUGAGCUGGGUUCACCCUGGGAUUUGGAGUGAGAGGUAGAACCAUAAUGUGGGUAAGGAAGGGGCGCCAGUGAAGCAGAACAGGUGUUGGCUCUAGCCCUAAUCUGUAGGCUGCCUGCUGUACUGGGUGGUGUAGAGGUUGAGGGUAGCCCGGGACAGUUAGGGGAACUUGGAGGGCUCAGGGCAGUGCCUUCUUUCCAGUAUAAAAGGAUUUCAACAUUUUAAUAGCUGGUAAGGCUAAGCUGGUGCCCACUAGCAUUGGCCCUCCGUGGGGAACAGAGACAUGUGCUAGGAUUCCAUCUCUCUCUUCUGGUUCCUUCAUGUCGAGGAUAACCUUUUCCUUUCUUCUUCCCCUCACUCCUGACUCAAGUCCUAAAUUUCUUCUUUUCCUGCAUGGACUGAGAGCUUUCUGCCUCAGCCCACCAUGUGAAGCUCCCCUCUACAGAAGGGAAUAGGAGGUAGACCCCUUCUUCUUACCAGUCUCCUCCCCUGCUCCCAAGCUGGCCACACCCAUUCCUCCCCCUAAAGGGAGCCUGCCACUUGAAUGUGCCUGUGAAGCUUUGCACAAUAACUUAUUCUGCCUAGUCUCCACUUCCCCAGUGCUUAGGGGACAAAUCACUCCUGGGGCCAGGGAUGGUACGGUUGCUGGGAAUUUAGGAAUUGCUUUUUAUAGUAUUAGAUAGAAUUCGGUAUUUUUACAGAGGAAGAGAAGCCCUGGGGCUUAGAUAUUUGUCUAUGAAGAUAUCUCUUUUCUUUUGUACCAUAUAUUGUUUGCCUGAAAGGAGGGUUUCUAUUCCUUGGGCGUGGACCUGGGGAAAGACCAAGUUCCUGGAACUUAGAACCCCAAAGGUUUAUUAUGGGGCUCUGCACAACUUCACACAUUAGCCAUUCCCAGGGAACCCCAGGAUAACUGCCCUUGCUCUAAGAUGUGCUUCUAGUAUAACUUGAGUUGUAAAUUAAAGUGAGGCCCUGUACGUGUGGCUGUUUCCCGCCUUGUACGUUAGAGGAAUAGUCCUGUUCAGAAACAGGCCUUUCUGAGCAGAAGUGGCUAAUAAACUUUGUGCUGACCUGGAA